UGCUGAUAAAUCAUUAUGACUAAUCGCUUCUCGUUAAUUUUGUCUUUACUAAUUAUUUUUGUUUUAUCCUUGAAUCUAACGUGUGCAUAUAAUGAUACCACGGAAAAUGAAAAUGAAAAUUUGAGGAAGGAUUCCACGCGGUAUCGACUACCCAAGAAGAUCGUUCCUAUAUCCUAUGAUCUAUCGAUCAACACACACCCCAUCGAUGCGGAUUACGACGGUCAUGUACGGAUCAUCUUGCAAGUGCUCGAAAAGACAGACUUUGUCGUACUGCACACAGACGGAUUAAGAAUACAGAGAAGUGCGUCUGUAUCGGAUAGAUCGGGUCAGUCGAUUCGGAUUUUACAUUAUACUCACGAUGAAGAAACUCAGAUGCUUACGUUUAAACUUGAGCGUGCACUGCAACCUGCGAAAUACACGUUAGAGAUAUCCUUCAAAGGACACAUCGCCAACGACGUUUUCGGCUUUUACGCAAGCCUGUACGAAGUUGAUGGAAAACUGAGACGAAUUGGCGUAACUCAAUUUUCGCCCACGUAUGCACGUCGUGCAUUCCCUUGCAUGGACGAGCCGUAUUUAAAAGCGGAAUUCCAAAUACAUAUUGGCCAUCGCAAGGAUCAAAAAGCGACGAGCAAUACUCCAGUAAAAUCUAUACGAGUUGUAAAUGAUACCUACUACGUGACCACGUUCCAUCGCACACCGCGAAUGUCUACAUAUUUGGUAGGAUGGACGGUGCACAGCUUUGUCCCGGAACGAUCGGGAAUUUCGGAGGACUUCACGAUGUGGACGAGGGACUCCAUGAAGUUUCGCGGAUCGAUGGCCUUGAAUCGCGGUCGAGCGGUUUACUCGGCACUGCAGACGUGGUUAUUGGUGAAGAGUCCGCUCGAGAAGGUCGAUCAGUUUGCAAUACCGGACUUCAAUUUCAACGCGAUGGAAAACUGGGGCCUGAUCACUUACAGAGAGUCCGUGGUGUUGCACGACAGUGGGACCCCGACGAGAAAGACGGUGGACGGACUGACGACGAUGUCUCACGAAUACGCUCACAGUUGGUUCGGCAACCUGGUGACACCCGAAUUCUGGGAUGUCGUCUGGUUGAAGGAGGGCUUCGCCACGUAUUUUCAGUACUUCGGCGUGUCUUUGGCGGAACCGGAUCUGAGAAUGAUGAAUAUAUUCGUAGUAGAAUGUUUGCAGCCAACACUGCUCGCGGAUUCCGACAAUCAUACGCGCACGAUGAACGGUCGAGAUGUCGGAAGUCGUAAUAGCGUUUCGGCCACGUUAGAUUUUGUCUCCUAUAAAAAAGGUGCAUCUGUUAUUCGCAUGAUUAAUCAUAUAAUUGGGAACACAACGUUUCGAUUAGGAUUACAAAAUUAUUUACGUGAGAUGUCGUAUCAAGCAGCUACACCAUCCGACUUGUAUCGACACUUGCAAACUGUAGCCAACGGAUCUGAGCAAAUAAAUAGGCCUUUGUUUAUAAAAGACAUUGUAGAAUCCUGGGCAAAUCAGCCAGGAUAUCCUUUAGUGAUCAUUACACGAAACUACACGACGAAAAUUCUUUUUGCCUCGCAAGAACGAUUUUAUCUGAAUCAUCAAACAGCGCAAACAACUUCCGACAAAUCGGGUUGGUGGAUACCAUUAACCUUCGUUACCGAAGAAUCGAAUUCUACGUUCGAUCAAACUACUACUAUAGCAGCCUGGUUGGAGCCACAGACAAAGAGUACGAUUAUCGGUUCUGUCGAAUCGAAUUCCUGGGUGAUUUUCAACGUCCAACAAGUUGGAUAUUAUAGAGUCAAUUAUGACAAGAAUAAUUGGAAGAUGCUUAUCGAUUAUUUAAAGUGGAAAAAUAUAAAAAAGAUACAUGUGAUAAACAGAGCUGCGCUUUUAGAUGAUGCUUUUAAUUUAGCUAGAGCCGGUUAUGUGGAUUAUUCCAUUCCAAUUGAUCUCGCAACAUAUCUUAUUCGAGAAACUGAAUACGAGCCGUGGGUCGCUGCAGUAAAUAAUUUCAAUUUUCUCAAUCGUAUUUCAGCUUGCUCUAUGCGAGUACAACGACUAUUUCAGAACUAUGCAAAUCGCUUACUUGAACCGAUAUACAGCUUAUUAAACUUUAUUGAAAAUUCCAUGGACAGUUCCAUAUCAAAAUUGCAUCGUGAAUUAAUCUUAUCUACCGCAUGCUCGGUCAACAAUAUUCGUUGUCUAAAAACAUCAAAAACUCUAUUCAAAUCGUGGAUUUUAUCUGAGGAAAGUGCAAUACCAGGAAAUUUCAAGAGUUUUGUAUAUUGCGUCGGCAUUCGCGCAGGUAAUGAUUCUGAUUGGCAUACAGUUUGGAACAGAUUCCUUCACACUGAUUUACAUACAGAACAGGAACUUUUACUCAACGCACUUGGAUGUACUAAAAUUCCUCAUUUAAUCGAUAGAUAUCUCAACACGUCAAUAAAAUGCGAGCUCAAACUUCGCAAGCAGUACAGGAUGACAAUAGUUAAUGCCGUUUUGAAUGGCAAUCCCGAAAAUGUUAAUUAUGUUGUCGAUUUUAUUCGCAAUAAUUUGCAUGCAAUUCUUGAAUCGAGAGGAAUAGAUUUCUUAUCCAAAAUGCUUACUGCUGUAGGCGAUAAACUUAUUACGGAAAUUCAAUUAAAUAAGUUCCGUGAAUUUGUUGAUAAAAACACCGAAAAACUUGGAUCAGCAUUAAAUUCAGCAAAAAAAAGCCAUAAUUACUUCAACUUCAACCGUAACAUGGAUCAAUAUACGGUAUCAAUGAUGAGGUUCCUGCUGCCUUUGAUGCUUGCCCUAGCGACUUGCUGGGCAAGCGAUCCUAUUACUGAAGAUGUGCCUCCUCAAUCCAUGCAAAAAGUUUCGGAGAAUUAUAGAUUACCAGAUGAUGUAGAGCCUACCGCAUAUAACAUUAAACUGGAAACGUUCCUUGAACCCAAAGAAAAAAACUUUACUUUUAAGGGAGUAUCUGUAAUCGAUCUUACUAUCAAAAAAAAUACAAAUACCAUAACAUUCCAUGCUAUGGAACUUAACAUUCUUAAAAUUGAAUUGAUACAAGAAGACAAGAAAAAACCAUCAAUUAGACCGAAUGUGACAAUAGACAAAGAAAAGGAUUUUGUGACGCUCAAUUUCGAGAACACACUUUCCAGUACCAUGAAAGACGUAAAAUUAAAUAUAACAUAUACUGGGAAGAUAAAUGAUGAGCUUCAUGGAUUUUACAAAAGUUUUUAUCAAGAUAAAGACAAACAAACAAAAUGGCUUGCAACCACUCAUCUUCAACCAGUAAGUGCAAGACGAGUCUUUCCAUGUUGGGACGAACCCAGUUUAAAAGCAAAAUUUACCAUUAGUAUUACAGUUCCUCCAAAUGGAAAUUACAAUGUAAUUUCAAAUAUGCAGAGAGAUAAUAAAGAUGAAAAAGAUAAAACUUUUAAUUUUAAACCGACACCAAAAAUGUCCACUUAUCUCGUGGCUUUUGUAGUUUCGGAUUUUAAUAGUCUACCAAAUAAUGUUAGUAAUUUUAAAGUUUGGGCAAAUCCUACGGUGCAGGAUGACUCAAAACAAUUUGCAUUAGAAUAUGGAAAAGAAGUACUGACAGAACUAUCAGAUUUUACUGGUAUCGAUUAUUAUAACGGACAAAAGAUGCCUAAGAUGGAUCAAGUUGCAAUUCCACAUUUAGGCGGUGCUAUGGAAAAUUGGGGUCUUGUAACAUACAGGGAAUCUCUACUUCUCUUAAUGAAGGAUAAAACAACUGUGGCAAAUUGGCAACAGAUAGCGACAAUAAUAGCACAUGAAUUAUCUCAUCAGUGGUUUGGUAAUUUAGUCACUUGUUCAUGGUGGGAUCAUAUUUGGCUAAAUGAAGGAUUUGCCACUUUCUUCCAAUAUUAUAUUGUCGAUAAGGUUAUUCCAAAAAUGUAUGAGAAACAAAAUUGGCGUCUUAUGGAACAAUUUGUUGUUAAAAAUACACAAGCAUCAUCAUUCGUUGUCGAUGCAAGUAUUAAAACUCGUGCAUUGAGUCCUAAAAUCAGUGCACAAACCCCUACUCAAAUUGAAGGCUUGUUUGAUGACAUUGCCUACAAAAAAGGUGCUUCUAUUCUUCAUAUGAUGCAAGAAUUUUUAUCAAAAGAUGUAUUCAAGAAAGGACUUAAUACGUAUUUACGUGAUUAUGAAAACAAUUCAGUUGAGCCUAAAAAUCUCUUUACCUCCAUCGAAAAAUCCGAUGGAGAGAAGAAAUUGAAGGAUUAUUUGCCGGAAAACGUUGAUCUUACAAAAGUUAUGAACAACUGGAUAUACGAACCUGGAUAUCCUGUUAUCAACGUUAAACGGGACAAUACUGGGGUACUUAAUAUAACACAGGAACGAUUUUUCUUGGUGAAACCAUUGAAACAAGAUCAGACUCAAUGGUACGUACCUCUUACCUAUGUAACAGAAGCAGCGUACAAUGACGUGCAGCCUAAAGAUAAAAAAAGCUGGUUGGUACCCGGAGCAUCUAAAACUUUCGAACAUUCGAAUAAGGAACAAUGGAUACUUUUCAAUAAAGAUCAAACUGGAUAUUAUCGUGUGAAUUACGAUGAUGAUAACUGGAAGUAUUUAGCGAAAUAUUUAAAUUCGCCUAACUACAAAAAUAUAAACGCGACCAAUCGCGCCCAAUUGAUCGAUGACGCAUUAAAUCUCGCGCGUGCGGGAUAUUUGUCGUAUAACAUUUCGAUGAUGACUACUAUAUAUCUGAGAAAUGAAACCGAUUACAUCCCAUGGUACGCCGCAGUCAGGGCAUUUAAUUAUCUGGAUAGCCUAUUAUUUGGCGCGAAAGAGCACUCAACAUAUCAUAAAUACGUCGCUCAUAAGAUAGAAAAUUUCGCAAAAACAACCAAUUAUACAGAUCCAAAUACACCAGGUUCACAUGUAGAUAAACUUGCCAAAGUGUUGGCAUUAGAUACGGCUUGCCGAUAUGGACUGAAGCAUUGCGAAGACUUUGCUACCAAGAAGUUCAAUGACUGGCUCAAUAAGAAAGAAAAUGAAACUGACAAAAACCUCGACGUAAACUUGAGAAGUGGAAUUCUUUGCGCCGCAUUGAGACGGAAUACAGACAGAGAAAAAUGGAACAAAGUAGUAGAAAAGUACAAAAACACCGAAGAUAAGACUGAAAAGGCAGAACUUCUGGCUGCUCUUGGUUGCGCUAAAACAAAAGGUAUUCCGGAAGCAUUCCUUGAGUUAACUCUACAGAACGAGCCCGUCGUCAAUAUUUUUGAUGCAAUGAAUUCGAUAUCCAUGGGUAACGCCGGAUCUUUCGACAUUCUUAUGAAAUUCAUCAACAAUAAUAUCAAAAAAAUCGAAGAGAUAACCAAACAAGAUGACACAAAACUUACUGCACUCCUCAGUAAACUCGCUAAUAAAGUUACAACUUCACAACAAUAUGAAGAGCUGUCUCUACUCAUACGCAGCCAACUGCUGGGGGUAGUAAAGGCUGAAGAAUUGAUACACGUCGCGAUAGACAACCGUGCCUGGAUCAAAGCUUAUCGAGAUGACCUUGAAAAAUGGAUACGAGAGCAUAAACCUCAAAGUGAUUCCGCAUCUUCCGUCGUAUUGACAUCUUUCGUUUUAAUUAUUUCACUAUUUCUCACACGGUUAUAUUGAAAAGAAAAUAGUAUCUUUUGUAAAUUAUCGUCGCGUUAUGCGAUAUUCUCGAUUGAUUAAGUUAACUUAAUCAGUUUAUCUUUUAGAUAAAAUCACUGCUACAUUUAACACUUUCCCGACAAUAAUUUAGUUGUUGAGAUGUAGCCGCAUUUGAUUUUGUAAAUGAAAAGACGAUGAAAUUGCAAGGAGAAAGUUCUGCAAAUGUAUUACAUAUUACUGUGUUUCUCUUAUUAAUUCUGACUACAGUCCACACACAUACCUAUGAAAACAUCUUUAUUAUAACUUGUAAAACAUUAAAGACACUUUCGAUAAUGCUAAUUAACAAAAUAUUAAGUCAGAAUAAUUGUAUACGUUGAAUACACAAAAUCAUCCUAUGUAUUACGAUAAUUUAACGCUGUAUAACUACGUUGAAAAAUUAUUGAGAUAUAUAAUAUAGUUAAAUAAUUAUGUGUACAUGAUAUGAUUGUAAAUAUACUUAUGCUGAUUGCUAUUUAUAUCACUUAUGCGGGAACUUAUUUAAUUUAUAAUUAUUUAUAACCAAAAUAAAAACCAAAAGAUU